GUCUUUCCCUGUAGAAUUAGAUAAGACUACUUGCAGGCUCUUUACAAGUCUCAUUAUCAUUUUAGUGCUGGAGAAGUUUUGGAAAGAAAAAGAGGAAGUUAGGGUUCAAGAGCAUAGUUAUCCCCUAAUGUGGCUGCAGUGCACACAACAUACUUCUUGUAUUGAGAUUGUGAUCUUUUGAUCGUGUACUUCAUCUAACAAAGGGAGGAUUUAGACCAUUGCUUCCGAUAUCAGAAGUACCUUUCAACAGAAUAUAGUGAAGCUUAUGCAUCUGGAAACAUAUAUGAAAUACUAAAGAUGUAGAUGAUUCAUAAUUCUCAAUUGAUCUUUUAUCAGAAUCCAAAGUUGAAAGCUUUGUCUGAUCUAGAUGACUAAAUAGCUAGCAAUGCAAGAUCAUUGACACUAGAAGGCCUCGUGAAUGCAUGAUGAACCUUUUUUCUUUUUAUCUUCCUAACUUUCUAUUUUACAAUGCCAAUCCCAAGCCACAGAGACAUGUGGCCAUAGCUCCCCAGCACGGCCUUUAACCCUCUUCUUCUCUAUGACACUUCAAAGGGAUUAAGCUUGUGAGACACAAAAACAAGUUCAGUGUGCAAAAGAAUGCAAUCUAACAGAAGGCCCAAGCUGGCCGUCGAUCGAAGCCGUGACAACUUUCUCAUUAAUACAGCCUCACACAAUCUACCAGCAUUGAGGAUCAUAAAAGCGUGUUAUCCAGAAGAAAAAAACAUAACAAAAGCCCAUUUCGUUUAAAAGAGAAGAAAAAGAAGAUCCUGCGGUGCUGUAAGACGUUCCAGAGCUUGUGUGAGAAUCUUUAAAAGAGAAACACAGCUACUUGUAGGGCAGGCUUUGAAUCAUUUCACGGAGGAGCUAAAGAGCACAGUCGCCGGAAGCGGAAGGGAAAGACAAAGGAUAAAGACAAAGAGAAAGAUCAGCAAGAAAGGAGGAGGCGAACUGGGAGGCCAUGGCGCCGGUUGGUCUCCCUCCAGGCUUUAGAUUUCAUCCAACUGAUGAGGAGCUUGUGAACUACUACCUCAAGAGGAAGGUCCAUGGCCUCAGCAUCGACCUCGACAUAAUCCCAGAAGUAGACCUCUACAAAUGUGAGCCCUGGGAAUUGGAAGAGAAAUCCUUCCUGCCUAGUAAAGACUCCGAGUGGUACUUCUUUGGGCCAAGGGAUAGAAAGUAUCCCAAUGGAUGCCGCACAAACCGUGCAACCAGAGCAGGAUACUGGAAAUCGACGGGGAAAGAUCGGCGGAUCAACUACCAGAACAGGUCAAUUGGUAUGAAGAAGACACUAGUCUACUACAAAGGUCGAGCUCCUCAGGGGAUUAGAACCAGUUGGGUGAUGCAUGAGUACCGCAUCGAGGAAAGCGAAUGCGAGAACGCCAUGGGGAUUCAGUUACAGGACUCCUAUGCGCUAUGUCGGAUUUUCAAGAAGAAUGUGGUGUUGGGUGAAUUUGACAAGAAAGGGGAGUGCAGUUCAUCACAGGCUAAAGGAAAUGAAGAAGUUACAGAUUUCGGGGAUGCUGGACAAUCCUCGGGAGCAAAUGAGAAUGAUAAAGACAAUUCAUGGAUGCAAUUCAUAGCAGAGGAUCUAUGGUGCACCAACAAACUAAAGUGAACUAGAAAACUGAGAGAAAACAGCUUGUUAACUUCAUCUAACCAGAUAUUUCGGUAUUAGUUAUACUGCGUGUAUCUUCUGUAUAUGUUUGAUAAGGACACUUCUCACUUUGCAUAGGAGGACCACUUUAAGUUUGGAUGCUGGUUCUUAAAUUAGGUUUAUACUUUUGUUCCUUUAGUACUGUAUAAUAUAUCUAAAAUUGUGCUACUUUGUACUUCAAUCUUCAAUUAACAUGUACCUAUCAUCUAAUGAAAUGAUACAAAAGGAGAAAUCCAAUUUUAUA